UAUUAUCUUCUCUCAGAUCACCCAUAACAAAAGAAGAAGAGAAAGAAAGCAGAGCUAAUAAUGAAGCGCCUGAGAAAUUAUUUUCUUAGGCCGUCGGGUUUCUCUUCAUUGUUUCUCUGAUCUAAAUUAAUUUACUACAAAGGUGGGUAACACACAUUGGGGUGCAUCUAACUUUUAAGUUCAUAGCACACUCUUUAGAAUACGACCCAUAAUCUGGUUGCCUUGGCCAAAAUCUCCAUGGCGAGCCCAGCGCCAACAACACCAGAAAAAGAAAAGGCUGUUCCUGCAAAAGUUGAAAAGGAUGCAGGUUUGAUUAGAAAAGUUUUGUCAAUCAAGUCAUUGGGUUUAAUCAAAGCAUGGGAAGAAAGCGAGAAAACAAAAGUAGAUAACAAAGCAAAGAAAAAGUUUUCUAAUGUUGUGGCUUGGGAGCUAAGCAAGCAAGCAACCAUUGAUGCACGUCAAAAGAAAUAUGAGCAAAAACUAGAAAAGAAGAAGGCUUUGUACGUUGAAAAGAUGCAAAACAAACUAGCUGAAAUCCAUAAGGCAGCAGAAGAGAAGAGGGCGAUGGUUGUAGAGGGGAAAAGGAUAGAACAUAAUAAGGUGGGCAAGAAGGCUGACGAUUUCCGUGAAGUAGGGCUUGUACCAAAGAAAAUCCUACCAUGUUUUAACUAUUGAAUCAAUUUUUAGUUUCCUAAGAGUAGUUCCACCCGUUUUAAGAGGGCAAGAGCAAGGCAAGGGCUAGAGCAUGUGAAUUGCUCUUGCAAUUCACUCUGAAUAGUAUUUGCAUUUGUGCAACUCCACCCAUUGAGCAAGGGCAAAGGGUGAUUACUAUUCACAAAUUAUUUUUUUAUGCCUUGUAAAUGUGUUUAAGUGUGAACUUUGUAAGUUUUUUCUUUUAAAAUAAACUCCAUAUUUAACUCCAAUUUCAAAUGAAGAGCAAAGCAU